AUUAAAAACAAAAUGGAAGGUUCAGCUGAAAAGACACAAAAUUGCAGCUGAGAAGUAGAAAGUUCACGAACACCAUCUCAAUACGUCCGAUCAGCCAUUGAUGUGUCUAUCAAAGCUCAAGGUAGCUGGGGAACCAUCACUGGAGAGACCCCAAUUUCUGAUCCUUCUUCUAUUGUGAGUGUGUGCUUUUCCCCCUCAAACAAGAGAAAAAACACCAGGAGCAAAUUUCUGAGAUGUACGAAUCGUUCAGCAACUCUCGUCUGUUGUAUCUCCUUCACUUCGCCACACCUACCAGCUUAGCUUGGAGAUGUGCAGCUCGAUUAGCAACUUCAAAUGAAACCACUUGAAUCAUCAAGAUGAAACGUGAAUGCACACUAAGUAUUUAGACAAGAACAAAUUCUACCAGUAACUCAUGUGUCUUGGCACCAUACCAUUUCAACACCUCAAGCUCUCACCAGGUGCAUGAUAAACUUACCAAUCGAACAUAUUUCCAACAUCAUGAGCAUAAUGUUGGAACAUCAAAUCUCUAGAAAUUGAAGGCUGGUUCGAGGUUAUAGAUUAAAUGGAAAAAGGAAGGUCAUCGCUUCCAUUUGAGGAAGAAAGAAGAAGAAUCAGCAGUCAUAUUGAUGAUUUCUUAAAUGGCUUGAAGAAAAUAAAAAAUGAAAAAAUAAUUGCUUCAUCAAAAUUGGAUGACAUUGAAAAGCUAAGAAUGGAGUUGAGAUUCCUAAGAACAUUUGUUCUGUUUGGGAAUUCCAGUUUGGAUUACUUUUAUUACAGAAUGUCCGAGAAAAUAGAUGAGUUCGAUGAACUUAGUUGCUCACUUUUCUAUCAAGAUGAAGAUGAUAAAUUAAUCCUAGCGAAAUGCGACAUGGAGUGUCUUGCCCCUCUGCUGCUGGAAGAGAUGAAAAGUUAUUUUUUGAGUUUGGAGAAUGAUUAUUAUGUAGCCGUGACGACUGAAGAGAAAAUGUUUCAAUAUCUCUUCAGACACCUUCAUGAUCUACCAAACUAUAGUGCUAAUUUGCUUCUCCCCUUGAUGAGUGACUUCAAGAUUCUUCAGCAAGUAUUCCGACAUCUGAGAGAUUUCUAUCCUAUCCUCAAGGCCAACAAAGCACACACUGAAUAUCUCUACCCUUGGCUCCAAUUGACUGCUGAUAGAGUAACCCAAUUCUGUUUUGAUCUUUGGACUGGAGAGUAUAAACGAUAUUAUGAUGGUUACCAGGUCUCUCAAUGCUCUUCCAAGAUUGCUUCUCUACUCAUCGACAUAAUCCCUCUUGAGCUGGAGGUUUUAUACAUUUCUACUUCUAAGCUCAUGAAAGAAUCAAGGUCAACUGAACUAGAACGGUUUGUUAAGCAAAUCCGAAAAGCAUCACCAAGGAUUCUUCAAAAUUAUCUCAUUCUUAUCCAAGGACACAUGGCAGGUGCAGUAGCUGUCAAUUACGCUCCAACUCAAAGCAUUAAUGUCAUGAUAGAGUUCCUAUUGAUCUUUCUCACUGAUAUACCAAAGCGAUAUAUCCAUCUUGACAAAUUGAAUGAUAUGUUGGCACAUAUUGGACUACUUACAAGGAAGAUAUCUAUUCUGUUGGAGGAGAGCUCUGAGUAUAAUAUCAAUGAAGCGGACUUUUCAGCUUCAGACUUGUUGCAAGAAAUUGAACAAAUGAAGCGAGAUAUUAGACAGAUUUUUUUGAAAGCUCCAGAGUCAUCUCAACUUCGCUUUCCUAUGGAUGAUGGUUUCCUCUUCAUGAAUCUUCUACUCAGACAUUUAAAUGAUUUGCUCAUUUCCAAUGCUUAUUCAGUUUCUCUCAUAAAGAAAGAAAUUGGGAUGGUGAAACAAAGCCUUGAAUUCAUAAGAUCAUCUUUCGAGAAAGUCAGGCAAACAUUGAAUGACACUAGCCAAGUAGUUAAAGAUUGUUGGGUGCGUGCUUUAGAUGUGGCAUAUGAGGCAGAACAUGUCAUUAAUUCCAUUCUUGUCAGAGAUAAUGCUCUCUCGCAUCUCAUCUUCUCACUUCCGAGUGUCACUGAUAAGAUCAAGCUUAUCGUGGCAGAAGUCACCAGUUUACAGCUGGAGGAUAACAAUGGGGAUCACCCCCUUGAUGCAAAGUCUUUCGUCGAGCCAAUUGAGUCAACCUCAUCACCUUUUGUUGAGGUAACAGUAGGUCAUGAGAAAGAAGAAUCCCAGAUCAUUGGCCAGCUCCUUAAUCAACAUGAAUCUGAGCUUGAUGUCAUUUCAAUUGUCGGAAUGCCAGGACUCGGUAAAACUACUCUGGCCAACAAAGUGUAUAACAAUACAUUAGUUGCUAGUCAUUUCAAGAUUCGUGCUUGGUGCACUGUUUCCCAAAAGUAUAACAAGUCAAAGGUGUUGCGGGAGAUUCUUCAGCAAGUUGCUAGCUCUGAAGAAAAAGAAAGUGAGGAUCACGACCUUGCUGAAAAGCUAAGAAGAGCAUUGUACGAUAAAAGGUACCUCAUCGUCUUGGAUGAUGUGUGGGAUAUUGCAACAGGGGAGAUGUUAAUAGCAUGUUUUCCAAAGCUUAAGAGAGGAGAUAGAGUUAUUUUAACUAGCCGAAUUAGUAAGGUAGGUUCGCAAGUUAAAUGUCGUACUGAUCCUAUUGACCUCCAAGUUUUAACACUUGAAAAAAGUUGGGAACUAUUCGAAAAAAGGGUAUUUGGAGAAGGAAGCUGCCCUGCUGAACUGUCAGAUGUUGGACACCAAAUAGUUAAGAAAUGUAAAGGACUUCCCUUGGCUAUUGUUUUGAUUGCUGGAGUAAUUGUUAGAGGAAAGAAAAAGGAAAAGAAUUUGUGGCUUAAGAUUCAACAUAAUCUGGAUUCCUUUAUUUCUGCCAACAUCAAUUUGCAGAUGAUGAAGGUUAUGCAAUUAAGUUAUGACCAUUUACCAUGCCACCUGAAGCCGUUGUUGCUUUACUUCGCAAGAUCUCAAAAGAACAAACGAACUCCGGUCUCUGAGUUAAAGCAGUUGUGGAUGGCCGAAGGGUUUGUGGAUUAUGAUAUCCCAUCCAAGGGUAGUUUAGAGGAAGCAACUCAAAGAUACUUGGAUGCUUUAGUUUCCAGUAGCCUGAUAAUGGUGGAUCAAACCCACUCCAAGAAGAGUAUGCCUUUUUCUGUUAGGAUCAAGGUUUGCUAUGUGCAUGAUGUUGUGCACGAUUUUUGUUCAGAAAAAGCUAAAAAGGAAAAGUUUUUCAAGUUAAUGAAUCCAGGUGCACGAUUUCAUGCUUCGGAUUUCCUACAUCAUCGUCUAACCAUUCAUAUUGACGACAGUCAACUCCAUAAAAAAUGUGUUUUGUUCAAUUUUAAUAAGUGUUCAGCUGGUAGUAAGCAUCUCAUAUCUUUGGAAGUUAGCGGUUCACUUCUUAACUCCAGCUAUAUCUGCCAUACAAGAUCCUUUGGACUUGCUAGAGUGUUGCAACUGGAUAGCAUUAUUCUGGAAGAUUCUUUAAUGGAAGAAAUAGGCUCACUAUUUCAUUUGAGGUUCUUAAGGAUUCGGACUCGAGAUGUAAAAGCUAUCCCAGUGUCGUGGUUGAACCUCCAGAAUCUGGAAACUUUGUUGAUCAAUACUAGAUAUUCCACCAUGGUAUUACUGCCCGGAAUAUUCAAACUGUCAAAGCUGAAACAUGUGAAAAUUGACAUGAGUUCUUUCUUUGAAGAGGAUGUAAUGGAUGUGGACAAUAUUAUGCAUCAACCAAGUAGAAUAUUGGAAGCUGAGAAUUCAAAGUUAGAAGACUUGACAACUUUAUCUAAAGUUGAUAUCUCAUAUACUGAAGCCACGAGUGAUGUUCUGGAGAAGUUCCCAAAUCUUCACCACCUUCAUUGCCACAUCAAGGAACCGAUAGAUCCUCCUACACAUUGCGAUUGGUUUCCCAAGUUUGAUGUCCUUAAUAAACUUAAAUCACUCAUUGCAAUAUAUGAGAAUUCCGGCUAUCCUGACAAAAUCCGACAACCCAAUGAAUAUUACUUCCCUAACAGCUUGAAAGAGUUACGGUUGUCUGGUUUUUCCCUGAGACCUGAUUUGUUGUCAGCAAUCGCGGCAUUGCCUCAGCUUGAAAUUCUGGAGUUUGUCAGCUGUAAUUUCGUGGAGGACAAGUGGGAUGCAAGUGAGCACAUCUAUCAACGUCUUAAGACUUUGUCUAUGCGAGUGGUCAACCAUUCGGAAUGGGAAGUUGAUACGGAAACCUUUCCCAAGCUUGAGGAAUUAAUACUAGAAGAUUGUUACAAGCUUAGGGAGAUCCCUUGUGCAUUUAUGGAUAUACACACUUUAAAGUCCAUUCAUUUAAAUAAUAAUAAGCGUGAGCUUGGAGAUUCAGCCAUUGAGAUUAAGAAACAAGUAGAAGCUUUCACAGGAGAGGACAGACCUCAAGUCCAUAUAGAUAUGAAGAAGAAGCUGAAGAAGAGGCUGAAGAAGAAGCUGAAAGAAGAGAAUGCCCAAAGGACUCAAGGAUAGAACAACAAUGAAGAAAGAAACAACGCGACGCUUCCAUCUGAUUUCAUCUGAUUACUGCUUCCAAUAAACAAACUUGUUACUGGUUUUUUU